AUGUACACCGCGAUCGGCCAACAAGAUGAAGACCGCGGCGACGAGCCAAGUACGACGCAACAACGUACCGUCGAGCGCCGCGUUGGUCUGCUUCAAUGGCCAAGCGGCACUCGACGUCUUCGUCUUCCUGGCCGCGUCUUUGACGAGCUGGUCCCUGGCCACGCUAGCUCGCGUCCGGAGCAAGUCCGUGUGGUCCACAACGAGACGCACGAGGGAGUGGCGACAAUCGCGGCGAUGCAAGAGAUCCCGAUUGAAGAGAUGGUGGACACCGACACGAGCGUUUUUGGGGUCUGA